GAGAAGAGUGUGCUCCAGUGCAGUGUCGCGAUCGGUUGGAUGCGUGUUUUAAUUCCCUGCGGGUUCUGCUGGGGUUUUGUAGGUGGUGUGAAUCCGGAUGUUUUUGUGUGUGAAUAUUUUCAAGCUGACUGAUGGGCCGUUUAACCGAACGAUAGAUAGUGAAUAGAACGGUACGGCAUACAGGCUGCGAGGAAGCACUUUAGUGGGAAACAGGACAGUUGAAAUCUCUCUUCUACAAUCUCGAGUUUUAACCGCACUGGACCGUCGAAAGCGGAACAAAAAGUACUAGAUUGCAAUUUGACGUUUAUGCUGUGCUGCUGAAGGUAUUCGUUUCGGUUGAAGAGAAGUUUUCCUCACCAAAAAAGGAUAUCCUUUUUACAGUGCGCGUGGAGUUUGUGUAUGUGUGUGUGUAUGCGUGAUUGUACAUAUAGUGCAUUAUCUUUUGGGGGUGGGUUCGGCGAACACUGUUUCGGGAGGAAGAAAGGAGUUUCGAUUUUCCUGUCGUCUCCCUAUAUCAGCAGUGCACGACGGUUGGUGAAAAUGAUGGCCGAAUGCUACUAACGACGAAGGUUGGGGGACGUAAAACUGCGAGUGCUGUCGAGGUUCAAACAAAAAUAAAGUAAAGAAGGAGGUUAACCGUCAUAUAAAGGGGGAGCUUUUCUAUUUCCCUUUCGCAGUCUUUGUGUCAGAUGGAAUAUUGGAAAAUUGAUUGCAAAUUAUUGUCGGUGUAGUUCCAAUAAAUAUAAAAUAGGAAGAAAAGUGUCUGAGGAAAAAUUGGUUUCAUUUUGGAGCAAAGUGUAUUAAAAUUUUAUAACAAACGGUUUGUGCAAGAACCACUGAAUAAGCAAAGUGUGUGAAAUGUGUUUAUUAUCGAAAAUUUGAAAUAAGAUAAAUGUGCUGAGGAAAAAUUGUGUAAAAAGAUUUAUCACAGGAAAGUUCAAAAUAAGCAAGAAUUUAUUAUUCACCGACUCUCUACCAGUAGCUGUAGUGGUGGCUAUUCACUGUUUUGACUUGUGAGGACCGGAGAAGGAUUUGCGAAAACUCACAAACACAGAUACAUAACUAGCAUAAACGUAUAUCCGGAAAAAGGAGGCGACUUGGAUUAUGUCUACAACACCGCACUAGUCGCGCAAUAACAUCAGCAGUAGCAAGCAACAUUGCAGGAUUUAAACUGUUCAAAAUAGAAGCUGAAUAAUAAAGAUCGACCAUCGCCUGCCAAACAACCCGGAUCCCAAAAAUGGCAGUUGCAAGUAACCUGCUGAGAAUAGAUUUGCGUGUUAGCCGGCAGCCCCAACAAAAACUGCUCUGCCACUAGCGGUGCGGUGACAAUAGCGAUUUGUUUCCGCAUUUCCGACCUUUUUUUAUUCCCAACGGAAAAGAAACCAGGGAGACGGGCCAAGGUCACUCCUGGACGACCCGGUGCACCUAAUGAAAAAAGUUUCAAUUCUCCGGUAGUGCGGUGCUUCAGUUUGAAAAAUCAUCAUUUGGUAGAAUGAAAAUGCGCCAGAAAAACGAAAACCAAAGUUGAAGAUGGAAAGUAAUUAAUCUUUGCUUGGUGUAUGUCACUUUCUGCCACUAAAAAGGGUUUCCAAUAUCAGAUGAAUGUUUUAUCACCGAUCUCAUCCGCAUCAUCGUAUCCCUAGGAGAAAUAAUUUUUACCUUCAUAUCCUAGAACGCUAGCGAAAUUUAGACGUCCGGAGACCCUCAGCUCAUCUACAAGCACAACAGCAUUUAACCCGUGCCAAGAUAGUCUGGAAGCUUUUUCCAAGCAAAGUCGAACUCAAGAUUAGACGAAGUAGGUCUAAUCUCGGAACUAGAUAGACAACGGUCAGUCAGUAGUAGGAGAGAAAAAAAAACUAGGAACGGAACGCACAUAUCCGAUCCCCAACGAACAAAUUAUUACAAGGAAAAGUCCACUGGUGCCUGGUACAUCAAGCCAACACUAUCUUCGAAACCAAUACCAAAAGUAACAGGCUCGAAACUAGCGUCAACAAUUUAAAAUUAGCGUGUAUACACAUCAGCAUAACAAGACAUCCUUUUUAACCACGCAAAGCAGGUCGUCGUUUUAGCAUCGUCGUAUAGCGAACUACACAUCACUAGCGUUCGGUCGGCGUAGAACUACGAGUAGUUUAAAAUGGGCAACAAAUGCUGCAGCAAACGUCAGGAUCAGGAACUGGCUCUAAGCUAUCCGGGCGGUUACAAGAAGGGCGAAAAUUCGUUCACUUCGAACCUAUCCGGUCCGAAGCACAACAACGGCGGUGGCUCGCUCGAUUCCCGCUACACGCCAGACCCAAACCGGGGACAGCUGAUUAAACAUCCAAAGGGCGGUGUGGACAUAAUCCGACCGAGGACGACACAACUUCUCCCCGGCCACAGUACCCGGCGGAUAGUGGUGGCCCUGUACAACUACAACGCUCGGGAGGAAACGGAUGUCAGCUUUGUCAAGGGCGACCGGAUGGAGGUGAUGGACGAUACCGAAUCGGACUGGUGGCGAGUGGUGCACCUCAAAACACGCCAGGAAGGUCUCAUCCCGUGGAACUUUGUUGCCGAGGAUCGAAGCGUCAAUAGUGAAGACUGGUUUUUCGAGAAUGUAUCUCGGAAGGAAGCGGAUAAACUGCUUCUAGCUGCGGAAAAUCCUCGCGGCACCUUCCUGGUGCGACCGUCCGAGCAUAAUCCCAACGGUUUCUCCUUAUCGGUUAAGGACUGGGAGGAAUCCAGAAGCUACCACGUAAAACACUACAAAAUUAAACCACUGGAUAACGGAGGCUACUACAUCGCAACGAAUCAGACCUUCCCCUCGCUACCUGCCCUCGUUAUGGCGUAUUCCAAAAACGCCCUCGGUCUGUGUCACGUCCUGUCGAGUCCAUGUCCAAAGCCACAGCCACAGGUGUGGGAUCUCGGACCAGAGCUGCGGGACAAAUGGGAAAUCAACCGUAACGAGGUUCAGUUGAUUCGCAAGCUAGGUCACGGCAAUUUCGGGGAAGUGUACUACGGCAAGUGGCGUAAUAACAUCGAAGUUGCGGUCAAAACGCUCCGCGAGGGAACCAUGUCGACGCAGGCCUUCCUCCAGGAAGCGGCGAUCAUGAAGAAAUUCCGUCACAGUAGGCUAGUCGCAUUAUACGCGGUCUGUUCCAAAGAAGAACCCAUCUAUAUCGUCCAGGAGUACAUGUCCAAGGGUAGUUUACUAGAUUACCUACGGACAGGUGACGGGCAGUUUCUGCAGUUUGAGGAUCUGAUUUACAUCGCGGCCCAGGUCGCAUCCGGUAUGGAGUACUUAGAGCUGAAGCAACUAAUACACAGAGAUCUGGCGGCCAGGAACGUGCUGAUCGGAGAGAACAAUGUAGCAAAGAUCUGUGAUUUCGGCCUGGCCCGGGUGAUAGCGGACGACGAAUAUUGUCCGAAACAGGGCUCUCGCUUCCCGGUCAAGUGGACGGCUCCGGAAGCGAUCGUGUACGGCAAGUUCUCCAUCAAGUCGGACGUUUGGUCGUACGGUAUCCUGCUGAUGGAACUGUUCACCUACGGCCAAGUGCCGUACCCGGGAAUGCACAGCCGCGAAGUGAUCGAACAGAUCGAACGGGGCUACCGAAUGCCAAAGCCAACGAAUCAUCACCUGCCGGAUGAUAUCUACAGCCUGAUGCUGAAGUGCUGGGACGCGAUACCGGAGAAGCGUCCGACGUUCGAGUUCUUGAAUCACUAUUUCCAGAACUUUACCGUCACCUCAGAGGUGCCCUAUCGAGAGGUGCAAGACUAAGAAGGCGAACUGUGGGAGUCUGAGUCUGAGUGAACCUUAUUUGCUUUCGGGUGGGUCCUACUACACUAGUAAGUUUAAACGUACACAAAGAAACAAAGAUGAGCAGACAUUACAUGUAGACUUUAAACUAAACAUACAUUACAUACAUACAUACACACACGCAGAGACAUUGCUUUACGUUGCUAGGAAUCGUAAUAAAAACGAGAGAAUGUGUUUAACUCAAUAGGAUAGAGAGUUAUUCAUUAGAUUGAAAUGGUUUUGAUAGCAGAAUAGGUGGCAAUACUAUGUAGGAUCAAUUUGAAACUGCGGGAAGCAACUACAAUCUGCUCAGAAAAUUGUUUUAAUUGAGACCAAAAUAGAACGCGUGAUCUUUUUUUAUUUGAAUUAUAACGGCAUUCAAAUUUACAUUUUUUUUUCGGAAGGUUUUAGUCAGUAGGUUUUAUUAUUUAACAAACGCUCUUUCUAGAAUUGCUGAACCUUGUACCCUUAGUGAACUACGUGUUUUCCGGGAGGUUAAAGUGUUAUUUAUUCCGAGGCGGGGAAGUAUUUUCAGCAUCAGGUGAUAACAUUUGAGGGUCAUUGGGUUCGAUUCCUUGGUUGCAUUUUUGUCCAUGGUUGUAUCACUGCUGGUAACUGGAAUACUGCCGAUUGUUUCAACUUGUAUCUUCGGAUUUAAUGAUAUCGUUCGCGAAAUCAGCUUCCUUACUUCCUGUCUUCUCAUUGGUGGUGUUUUUGCCGAGUGUGCUGAAUAAUGGGGCCACGAAAUGAACUUUUGCUAGUGGUUUAGCAGGUGUUACUGUUGGACAAUAGUUUGUGCUGAAGUUUCUGUAUUUGUUUUGAUAUGAUCAUUGUUUUUAUCUCGGGUACACGCGCGCAGGGGUCUCCGUAGUGUGCUGAUUGUUUACAGUAAUGACACGUGUGAGACUGAUUGUCAUAAGUACACAUUGUUGUCUGUGAAUACACAGAUCCAGAUUCCAAGGUGACAAAGGAAGGGAUGGGUCGUUUCAAUCGCAUUCUCACCACAGGCACGUUCUCGACAAUACCUGGGAAAGUAAGGGAAAAUCGUUUGCGCUUAGCGUCUCGCAACCGGAACAAUGAAGCCAUCUGUUGGUUUUACCAUAAAUACGUAAAUACAAAUCGGCAAGCGCAACACAGAGCCGCCAGCUACAAACUUUCGACAACUUUUAUUGGAUUUAAGCAACAAACACUUCAUCGGCGGAGGUACGAAAUAACAUGCUAUUGGGAGCUGGAUCACACCCACUAUCUUUGGUGUUACAACAGUAGCGUUCGAUCGUCCAUGCCGUAAUUUACUUCCAGUGCUUCGUAAAAUGACGAAUCCCCCACCCAUGCACAGAAAAAUUCUGCAAGAUGUAACGCAUCACAUCCAGACAACCGGUCCACCCAUUGCCUGUAAACCCGUAGAAAGGCUCCGCACAAAUCACGAGCAGCAAAGCUGUAAUUCAAACCAAUGAUGGAGCUGAUGGAUUUGUCGUACGUCUGCGAGGCAGCCCCAAGAAAAAUGGUGAUGGGCGGUUUGUUGGUGACUGACAAGACAAUUGUGUUGUCUUACCAGAUCGCUAUCCUGUACCUCACAUUCACGCUAAGUAGCCAAAGCCAGUUGUAAUCACUUAGCUUGGCCUGUUCGAGUUUACUACUUUCACUUGCAAAAUUUUUCAUUACGGAAAUAUUCGGUGUUCGGUCGUGAGCUGAAAGGAUAAUUUUGCAGCCAAUGCAUUAUCCAGAGCGAACACUGUCGGACCCCUUCGCCCGUUAAUUUUGACUAGAUGGCAAAGAACAAGAAAAUGAUACCGACAAUCAUCGCAUUCAAUCCCUCGUGCCGAAAAAGCUCCGUUUACAGGUUCUCUAAAUAAAGACAUGGCCGGCUUGACGCUAAAUCUAAAGAUUGGUGCGUGUAGAGAAAUCACAUUGAACCGAGAGAUUCAACAGCCUAACCAGCGGAUUACAAAGAGCGACUGUACAGAGCUUUAGCACGGACGACGGUGCACCAUCAAUGCAGCAAAGGAUAACUUAAAUUUUUGCGUGGCAGUUAUUACCAUAACUUCAGUUAUAUGUGAAAUACAUCACGUGGCAUUUCAUGUGUAGCUUCUUCUAUCUGCAUCGAAGUGGCCCAAUUAUCGUCGAUUUGACCACAGUGGGGCCAUUUAGCUGGGAUGACACGGGAGAUAACGCUGAAAUGUUCUACGGCUUCAUCAAUACAAGUGAACGUUUCAAUGAACUGCCAAUUAAAUACUGAAAACAUAGCAUUCAAUGCAAUCGCUAGGCGAAAAUGCAAAAAGUCUGAAACAGUAGACGCUUCAUAUACAAUUUGAGUGGUACUAAAGGCAAAAGCAACAGCAGAAUGAUCAGCAUCGAGAUCAAUGAAAGGUUCGAUGAGCGAGGACACGGUAGUCACCGGUCAUUCAGUGUCAUUUACGAGAAUGAGAUCCACCAGGCGAUCAAUAUGCUAUUAAGUUGUAAGUCGAAAAGAGCGUCGCUUCAAGCAAAAACGACAUAAGUGACGUGACUGUGAUAUCUUCUAACAAUGGUGGGUCGCUACAGUCGGUGGUUCGUGGCAGUUCCGUUUACCGACAUGCUUGCUGAUACGGUUGCAAAGGCCUUUUGUAAUACGCGGGUAGCAAGACUUGGUGUUUCGCUUGUGGUGCACGGAUCAAGUGAGGCAGUUUGAAUCUCAAUUAUUCAUGUAACUAACAAGAUUGUUUUGAACACCACGUAUUCGUACUACUGUCUAUCAUUCUCAGACGAAUAGACUCGUCGAAAGAUGAAUAGACUUCGUCGCACCCUCAAGGCUGCAAUCAUGUAUAUAGACUAGACUGCCCAGAAAAAUGAUGAAUUUUUGAAAACUCAAUCGGCCCACCCCUGAGUCGAUUCCUAGUCCCACCAGGAGUACUUGCACCAAAUUUGAAGCAAAUCGAACAAGUCUUACUACCGGACCAACGAGCCUGAAGUUUGUAUGGAAUUUUUGAACAAUUUACAUGGAGAAAACUCCCUAGUUCGUAUUUUCGCCACUAGGUGACACUGUAUGCAUCGUAUUAUCACUAUAAGUGAAAAUAAGAAAGAUAAUUUAAUUGUCUACAACUUUGUCGAAGACUGCUAGUCAAUCCGGCAUUGUUAAAAGAAGUUAUUAAACUUUUAACGAAGUGCUGUCUGAGUCAGUUUUGCAUGGGGCCUAGCAGUGCAUGGUUGUGUAUCAGUACUCGAGUCCCGCGAACUAUACAUUUUUGUGAAAUAAUGGUUAGAUUUAGCUGAAUAGUAUGUUUACAAUAAUUGUAUUAAAUAAUACGGGCUAUGGUUUGGUUAGAAAAUUUUAGUUCUGCCUGUGAUCGCAUAGAGGGCGCCACCACUAACUUUUCAUAGAAGAGAGAUAGAGUAUCAAGAUGUUCGGAUGAAAUACUGAAAAAUACCUGCUCUAUAACUUUGUAGAAGACACCAAAUUUCUAUCUACCUCCGUUGAAAAGUUAGUGGUGGCGCCCUCUAUGCGGUAACAGGAGGAACUAAAUUUUUUUAACCAAAGCAUGACUCGUAUUAUUUACUAUAAUUCUUGUAAACAAACCAUUGAGCUAAACCUAACGAUUAUUCCACAAAAAUGUUUAGUUCGUGUGACUCGAGUACUGAUACACAACCAUGCACUGUUAGGCCCCAUGCAAAACUGACUCAGACAGCACUUCGUUAAAAGUUUAAUAACUUCUUUUAACAAUGCCGGAUUGACUAGCAGUCUUCGACAAAGUUGUAGACAAUUAAAUUAUCUUUCUUAUUUUCACUUAUAGUGAUAAUACGAUGCAUACAGUGUCACCUAGUGGCGAAAAUACGAACUAGGGAGUUUUCUCCAUGUAAAUUGUUGAAAAAUUCCAUACAAACUUCAGGCUCGUUGGUCCGGUAGUAAGACUUGUCCGAUUUGCUUCAAAUUUGGUGCAAGUACUCCUGGUGGGACUAGGAAUCGACUCAGAGGUGGGCCGAUAGGGGUCAUUUUUUUCCUGUCACUCUAAUAUAGACUCCCAGCAUCGGUGCACUAAAUUAUCAUAGAUUUUGUUGGGCUUACGAUCUGCUACUAGAGAGGAUGUUAAUUGUUCUGUCGCCGAAAUAGUCGAUGGGCAGACAUUACGCACACUAGGAGAAUACCUGGACCUGAUAGAGAAGUAUGUCUGCCAAACGGAGUAUCUGAAUAUACGACUGGUGCAGCAACUCAAACCAUCCAUACAAAGCCUGGCGUCAUCCCCAAUGAUCAACAGACAUGUAGAAGUGUUUGUGUUAGAGCGGAUACGGUUAAGCGUUCGCUACAGCGACCCUUCGGCGUAUUCGAGCGUUAGGACAAAUUUAUGGAUCUUUUAAUAAAUGAAAAAGCAACGAAUUUCUGUCGACAGAAUCAAAUCUUCUUACGUUUACAAUUUACGGACUCGCCAUUGGUUCCAGUAAACGAUGAUACAACAAAAAUUACGUCAUCCGGAUACCGUGCGAGAUUUCUUGUAUAACUGGCUACCGUUUGAGAUUUUUUGUAUCCUUGCUGCGAAACUGGCAGCACGGAACGAUUAUCGUGGAAUAAGUUCAUUGAGCGCUGUCUCGUACACUACCGCUAGAAGCAUAACUGUCCCAUAUGCUAUGGGAAUCCCUAUACACAUGGGACAAUUAUGCUUCUAGCGGCAGUACAGGUGAUUACAAAACAACGAUCAACAUGGAUCUACGUCUAAACGUUGAACAGCGAUCAACCUGGGGCCCUAUUCUCACAGUCACGUCACCUAGUAACUAGAAGAAAAUUUCCUUCUAGUCACUAGGUGUCGUGACUGGGAGAAUAGGACCCAUGACGUAUUAAAUAUGCUACAUAACAGAGUAUGGAAUGUCGCGCUCAAACUGGUAUUUUUUCUUUUGUUUUUUUUUAAAUUUCUACAUCGAGGUAAUAAUUUAUUUCAGCCACAUUAAUUUCGUCGUUACUUGCGUUAACAUCGCAAAUGUAAUUAAUAAAAAUUUUCAGAAUUUCUACUCUUUUUGCUUUUACUAGCCCUCUUAGCGAUGGUCUUACUAGAUCCUCGAAUGACAGACGUCUCCAUCCGUUUGUGUACCUGUUUACCACUGUUGUAUAACUGUCCAUGCCGGCAUAACACAAGUAUAGGUGCUAAACUUGUGGCUGAGAGUCUCCACCGUUUGGUUGCGACAGUAUGAGUUCGUUUACCAAUAGAUAUAGGAUGGAUCUUUGCGCUUAGGAAAGUUGUUUUGCUGCUAUAUCUCGCCACGUGUGUUGUUUUCAGGACUUCGUCGUUCCACUCUUGGCAAGUCCGUUUGUUUGACAGAGUAUUGGUGAAUUGGAUCUGUGGGGGGGUUUUGUUGGAUUUGCUGGGGAAUUUGAGCUAAAUUAGAAAGGGUUAUUUUAAAGUCGGGAAGAUCUGCAGGUAUUACUGGGCGAGGAUUUACAUGAUAAAGUAGGGAUCUGUAAUAAGUAAGGGAUCCGAUCUCUCGUAAAUGUCGAUUUAUUGCAAGUGAUUUGCAUUUCAGCGCUGAUAUUUGCAGUUUAAAACCUCCCUCGUCUCUAUUGCGGGCCAGUUGCACAAUUGGGACCAGAGAAAUAUGCCCGUCAGCGAUGUAAUUUUUGCUAUGUGUACUGCAAAUGGUGACAGUAUCGAUGACAUGUACCAUAUCCUGGAAGUGCUGAACGUAUUCAACAUGAUAAUUGUUUAUUGAAGGAUUUUAACAGCAUUGGUUGAUUGUAUCCACGGGUUGUUAAUAUCAUUGCCUCCCAUGACUCCAACGUCAACGGCAAUCGACUUUCGCUCAUUUAGUUUGACACCGGCAGCUAUUUAGAAGCGAGCGAAUGGCCCUCUAAUUGCCUCGAUCUGCUUGUUCGAUGUCACAAUCACGCUAAUGUCUGCUACCAGCAAAUCGAAAUCGCAUACUACUUAAAGCCUGCUUAUCAGUGGAUGCAACUGCAACACGAAUAAGUGCAUUGGAGCGGAUCUCCUUGUCUAACCGAGUGUUGUGGUUCGAACGAGCACGACAGACGGCCAUUGAUAAGCAGUCGCGAUGUGGCUCGACUGGCGAUCCCUAAUAAAAUAUGAAUGAGAUCCUCAUUGAUGCCAAGCGAGCGCAUGGUUGCGAAGAGGAAAGAGUGUCUUACUCUAUCGAAAACGUGGUCCAGAUAGAAACUGAUGAGUUUACCGGCGCGACAACUGUGACGCAAAUCAGCAAUUCAAUGUUUGAAAGCGAGAGUGGCUUGAAAAAUGUUUCGCUCUGCGUUCGAACAUUUCUGCCCUUCGCUCAGAAUAUGGUGGCCCUUCGUCACCUGGUCUAAUCGUGUUUUUAAUAUACUGGAGAACAGUUUGUUGUCACCAUUGAGAACCGAUGUCGGGCGAAACGAUCGGGCUGUCUUCUACGAAAGCAGCGGGUAGAUUGCCGCUGAGUGCUUCGUUCAGCAAUAAUUUUUUUUCUCGAUGGAUGACUUCGAUGCGUGCGGUGGUAGAACCACCGUAGAACUUCCUUGGGAUCGCAUCACAGCCGGCAGAUUUUCAGGGUGCGCUAUCUCGUAUUGCAGCUACAAUUUCUGCUGUGGUGAUCUCGCUCAUGCAAGCCUCGUUCAGUGGUUCGUUUGGUAGGACAACUCUCUCUGAGACAAAGUUAUUUUCGUUUCGUUCACAGUACAGACUCGAGAAAUAUGCGGUUAUAUGCGCCUAGAUUUCUUGUAGUAAGUUUCAUUUAUCCUCAUGAACGUGUGCAAGAAGUUCCGUUGAAGCGCCAGCAUUUCACCUUUCAGUCGUUUGAUGGUGGGUAGCAUUUCUGGAUGUUGGUAGUGCCCGUCGAACGCUAACCGUAGCUCAGUAUAUAAUCGUAGGUGUUCGCUAUGAAAAUCCUCGAAAACUUCACGAGAUUUCCAUUAGAAAAUAGAUUUUAUCUUUUGCUUAGCAUAUUCCAACCACCAUUGCAUCCAUGAGCGGUAGUUUCUGUGCUAUCUAGUCCAGUAUUGCCAUUUAAAUUAGAAUUCACAAAAUUCUCGUCGGUCAAAAAGUUGGGCCGGAGAGACCAAGUCCACUGCUGACAUAUAUGCGAUCGAGUCGAGAUCUUGCAUUCCUAUAGACGAAUGUGAACCCUUCAUCGCUUAGGCAUAACUUCUCCCAGACAUCGUGUAAUUGUAGUUAUUGUACGGCUGUUCUGAUAGCGGGACUAGCAAUAGGGCUGCUAGAGUCGCACGUUCGAAGUACACAAUUAAAGUAACCCGCUAGAAGUACAUACAGUGUGCGGUGUCGGAGAUAACCUGCCAAUGUACCACUGAAGAAAUCCUCCUGGACGUUUGAGGAACCGGAAGGAACGUAAACAUUGCAGAUUGUCGUGUCUGGCACUCUCAAUGCGAUAAGUCGCCCGUCCAAGCUCCGCUCGACGUGAGAGACUUGGAUGUGUUUCUUCAGAGCAAAAGCGGUACCUCUUCUCAUAUGGCUUACACUGCAGAAAACGGCGAAGCUAGGCAAUAAGCUGUUUGUGCUCCACUUCUUGCAGACACACGAUAUCGAGACUUUGGCUACUGAUGAAGGUUCGGAGAGCGUUUAUUUUCGUGGGAUUUGUUGUCGUACCGAUGAUGUAGGUUGCUAUUACAGUUGCUCAUGCUCCAUUUCAUCGUCUUCGUCAUCCCAGCGUGGCUUUUUGCACGGCUGUCGGUUUCGCGUUUGUCGGCUAUUUGUAGAUGUGGAGGACUCGUCGGUUUCGGUUUCGUUCCCAUUGCUACUCUUGCUUUGUGCGCGUAUCCUUAUAGUAGGCCUUUUAAACAGAUCAGCUGCAACCGUGCUGGAGUUAAGUGGUUCGUCAGUUUGCGGUGGUGCUCGUUGCGAUAACGUCGGUCUUUGCAUUUGUUGCGGUUCUAGGCAUGAGGCAGCUACAAUCUCUGCAGGCUAGUUGCUACUGUGCGCUGUCAUACCGGCUGCCUCAGGCAGUUCUGGAAAUGUCUUUGGAGCUAGAGAUGGUGGUGUCAAUAAGCGUGGUACGGCCCCUCGCUUGUUUGCUGACUUUUUGCCAGCCGAACUUUUCGGUUGCGGUUGUGGCACGUUUUGUUUUGCCACAUUUACGUACCUCUUUUGAAUCAGCAGUUUCUUGUUUUGGACACAAAAUAUGCCUGUGUAUGAUUGCUCUUUACAGUGUCGGCAGGAUUGCAGUUGUCCUUUGUACACAACGAACGCUUGUUCUUUUUUAUGAUUAUCCGGGCCGACCAGAUGCCGAGUGGUAUGCCACCGAAUUCGGAACCUUCACCCCAUGUCAACUCACGAAUCGUUAGCACAUCACCGUACGUGCUCAAAAAUCAGCAAUCUUCUUUUCGCUCACACAUUCGGGGAGGUCAAACAUUUUUACUUUAAGGUGCAGAUAUGUGGAAGCCAGGAACGCACGCUUGUUGCUAGGCACCGACGCGCUUGUUUACAUUGAGAAAAAAUGGAAUUGGAAGUGAAAAUUCAAACGCACAAAUGAGAGUUUUCGGACAUUUUCCUUCGGUCAUCUGCACCUUGGAAGAAAAUUUGAAGUUUUGUUAGUAAACGAUUAAAGUUUCGUGGGAGUUUUGUGCAGUGGUGCGUGAUUAAAGUGCAUUUGAAAAAGUGCACUGAACAUGAGAAGAAGAAAAAUAAGAGUGUUUCGAAAAGAAACCCCAAGUGAAGAGGGGUGAUACUUUCGCACAAAAUAAGAGCUACGGAUGGAAUUCCGUCAAAAACUCGGCUUGAUUGUAUAGUAAAUUGUUCUAGAUUCGGGGUACACCGGCAAGGUUAGUGUAUUGAAAAUAUAUUUUUAUAUUUGCUCAUGUCAGAUACAUGGUUAGGCAGGGGAGAGGGGUGUGUGCGGCGUAGGAGCUAUGUUGUGGCUCGCUUGUAUAAUGUUCUUAACACUUCCAUCUUCCAUGGUUAUUCGAAGUUCGUGUUCGUCCACCACUGACCCCAACGAAAGCACACGCUCCACUUCGGUGGCACUGUACUCUCUUGGCAUCUUCCAGUUUCAGGUCCAGCAGUAUACGGCAAAAAGAAUGCACUUUUUCAAAUGAUGGCUUAACGGGAAAGCUCGAAGUUUUUCAAUAGUGUUUUCUCGUUUCAUUGCGGACCCUGAAGACGCAACGCGGCACAGAUAACUCGGG